AUGGCAAAGCACAUCAUGCAAGAGGGUAGUGUGGUCGUCUAUGGCAAUCGAAGCUUGUGGCGGGCUUUAGCUUUUGAACACGGAGAGUACAUCCCUGCUCUGUUGAUGACGCCUUUGCUGACGCUUAGCCUUGAGGCAACGCAUGGUGAGGUUGGGAUUGCCCCUCAUCCAGACGACCUCAAGCAGAAGAUCCUUGACCUCAUCAAUGAUGUUACAAAGGUUACAUCAGCAAUUAUGAGCAUCGAGUACGAGCUCGUGCCCUUCUGCAACUUGCCUCAGCACUUGAUGUUCGAUCUCCAGACGGAUCCCCAUCGGGAGGAAGGCGAAAAGAAGGAGGAAGCGCGCUUGGUGGCUCCCACGUCGAUUCCGUCGGGGCCGGUGGAUGAGGGACAGCUCCUUCGAGCUGCUAAGGCUGCUACCGCAGAGGUCAUCGAGGAAUGUUUAUUUGGCCCGCGGGAAGUGCAGGCAGAGUAUCAGAAAUAUGCGUACUUAUUUCAAGAAGAGGUUGGAGCCGACCUGGAUCCACUGGAUGUGGAGACGGUGCGAGUCCGGACGGAUGCCUACUUACAGGCUGGCACAGAGAUUGAGAAGCUCACCACAGAGAUCGUGAAGUGCGCUGAUCAGUUCUCAUCUAACAAGACAAGUGUUUCAUGA